GGCCGUCUGUGUGCUGGCUGCAGGCGGCUGGGGAGGCCGGCCGUCUGGUUCGGCUGAUCCAUCUUAGGGAACUUCACACUGGAGAGCCAAAAGGAGUGGAAGAGCCGGUGUUGGAGAUUUUCCCGGGGAAAUCCUGAGAGCAUUCAUUAUGAAGUGUACCGUGCGGGAGUGGUUCAGGGUAACCACAGUGCUCCUCAUGGCCCGAGCGAUUCCAGCCAUGGUGGUUCCUAAUGCCACUUUAUUGGAAAAACUUUUGGAAAAGUACAUGGAUGAGGAUGGUGUGUGGUGGAUAGCCAAGCAAAGAGGGAAAAGGGCCAUCACAGACAAUGACAUGCAGAGUAUCUUGGACCUUCAUAACAAGUUGCGAAGUCAGGUGUAUCCUACAGCUUCUAAUAUGGAGUAUAUGACAUGGGAUGUAGAACUGGAGAGGUCUGCAGAAUCCUGGGCUGAGACUUGUUUGUGGGAACAUGGACCUGCAAGCUUGCUUCCGUCAAUUGGACAGAAUUUGGGAGCCCAUUGGGGAAGAUACAGGCCCCCGACAUUUCAUGUGCAAGCAUGGUAUGAUGAAGUAAGAGACUUUAGCUACCCAUAUGAACAUGAAUGUAACCCGUAUUGUCCAUUCAGAUGUUCUGGUCCUGUAUGUACUCAUUAUACACAGGUGGUGUGGGCCACAAGCAGCAGAAUAGGCUGUGCCAUUAAUUUGUGCCAUAACAUGAACAUCUGGGGGCAAAUAUGGCCCAAAGCUGUUUAUCUGGUGUGCAAUUAUUCCCCAAAGGGAAACUGGUGGGGCCAUGCCCCCUACAAACAUGGCCGGCCCUGUUCUGCUUGCCCACCAAGUUUUGGAGGAGGCUGUAGAGAAAAUCUGUGCUAUAAAGAAGGAUCAGAUAGUUAUUAUCCUCCUCAAGAAGAAGAAACAAAUGAAAUUGAACGGCAGCAGUCACAAGUCCAUGACACCCACAUCCGGACAGUAGCAGAUGAUAGUAACAGAAACGAAGUCAUAAGCACACAGCAAAUGUCUCAAAUUGUUUCUUGUGAAGUAAGAUUAAGAGAUCAGUGCAAAGGAACAACCUGCAAUAGAUAUGAAUGCCCGGCUGGCUGUUUGGAUAGUAAAGCUAAAGUUAUUGGCAGUGUACAUUAUGAAAUGCAAUCCAGUAUCUGUAGGGCUGCAAUUCAUUAUGGGAUAAUAGACAAUGAUGGUGGUUGGGUGGAUAUCACUAGACAAGGAAGGAAACAUUAUUUCAUCAAAUCCAAUAGAAAUGGUGUUCAAACAAUUGGCAAAUAUCAGUCUGCCAAUUCCUUCACAGUCUCUAAAGUAACAGUUCAGGCUGUCACUUGUGAAACAACUGUGGAACAGCUCUGUCCUUUCCAUAAGCCUGCUUCACAUUGCCCGAGAGUAUACUGUCCUGGUAACUGUAUGCAGGCAAAUCCACAUUAUGCUCGUGUAAUUGGAACUCGAAUUUAUUCUGAUCUGUCCAGUAUCUGCAGAGCCGCCGUACAUGCUGGCGUGGUUCAGAACCAUGGGGGUUAUGUUGAUGUGAUGCCUGUGGACAAGAGAAAGACUUACACUGCUUCAUUUCAGAAUGGAAUCUUCUCAGAAAGCUUACAGAAUCCUCCAGGAGGAAAGGCAUUCAGAGUAUUUGCUGUUGUGUGAAAUGGAACAGUUGGAAGAGGAUUGUAAAGACUAUUCCAAAUACCACAUUUAUGAAGUUUGUAUAAAACUGUAACAUUACUGUACAGAAGAUAUCAACUAUUUUCAGUCCCCCAAAAGGGCCACAUGCAUAUAAAUCUUGAUAGACUACAUCUGUAAAAUAAAACAUGGGACAUUAUUAGCUUGGGGAAAAAUAAUGAAUAUGUAAUGGUUUUAGAAAUCCUGUGUUAAAUAUUGCUAUAUUUUCUUAGCAGUUAUUUCUACAGUAUUACAUAGUCAUAAUUAUUCUACAUUUCAUAUAUUAUGUUAUAUGGUGCUUUGUAUAUGCCACUAGUAAGAUGAAACUAAACAUUGAAUGUGAAUGGUCCUCAGAAGAUCACCUGGUGCAUUUAAAAACAAUAAUAAAAAUAGUAACUGUAAGGAUGAAAAAGAUUUUAUUUUCCCAGGUCCAGUGCUAUGAUUACCUACUUCAUAUAAUAUCAAAUAAUUUUCAAUGAAAUACCUGUAUAGUUUUUCUCUUCUAUUAAGUUUAGGUAUAUAGAAUAUUAAAUCCUGAUAUUGCACUUAUUUUGUAUAAAAUAAUUUCUUAAUAUCCAAGUGAAUCUGUUAAAAUGUUUGAUUCCUCUGGGAAUGACCUUAAUAAUAAAUGGAAUUAUGUCAGAGUAGUGGUACGAAAUCAUUUCUAGUGAUCCUAUAAUAGAUUAGGAUUAAGCAUGGGCAACCAGAGCCUUCUAUGUAUUGUUCAAACUGAGGUCACACAUUUAUAGUGUUAUCCUGGCAAAUACUCCUGCAGGCCAGGAAGUAUAAUAGCAAAAAAUUUAACAAAGAUGAACUAAUGUAUUGUAUCACCAUUGCCACUGAUUUUCUUACUGGCAAAUGGCCUUGUGUAUAAAUGUUGCCAUAUUAUUGUAUCUGUAAUGGUGAUAUAUUUGUAUGGAAAAUGUAUUGUGCUUUAAGACUAAAAAACUGUAAAAUGUUAAUUUUGGUAAUUUUUUUUCUGCUGGUGAAUUUACUCUUUCCCUGUAAACAUAUUAAAAUUAAUCAUGUCUCAAAGUA